CCGUCCCAGAAUCCCAAUUCCACCGUAUCUUUUUCUUUUCUAUAUUUCUGCAAAUCCCAAGUUGAUGAAAACGAAGCGCAUUUCGAAUAAGGCUCCCUUCUCUCAAGAACGGAUACUCCUCUCUCUCUCUCUCUGAUGAGCGAUGACCCUUCUUUCCUUUUUUUUUUUUUUUUUUUUAAUACUCACAAAAUGUGACUGCUAUCAACAAUUUUAAUGUCUCCUCCAACCAGUACUACUCGCACUACGACGAUUCGAUUUCUUGGAAUUGAUUCGCUUUAUCCAGUCCGACUCAUCUUCCCGAAAUGUGCUUUUAAAUCCAAGAUGCGAAUUCCAAAGAAGCCGAUUUCCUUUUUCUUUUCCCUCCUCUUUACUGCUCAGCCAUCUCCUGCUUUCGCUUCUCCAAUCCGUUUUCAUCCCAGAAUUCUUGCUUGUCGUCUCAGUUCGGAAGCCGGAGACCAAGCUUUAGGGAGCAGAGGAACUAGUUUCGGCGUCGCAGGAGCCAAUCAGUUGCAUGCUAGCUACAUAAUGGAUGGUGUUGAUAUAGAUAAAACAUCACAAUUUCAACAUGGUGUUUGUAGUGAUGGUGGUCGGGACCAAUGGAUUUGGUCUUCUCCUGAAGGGGGCCGUAAAAUUGAUUUGGGAAAGCAGAUAUUCUGUAAUAGAUCCUUAAAUAUGAAGAAUAUUGUUGCAGUUGGGUUUGAUAUGGAUUACACCCUUGCUCAAUACAUGCCCGAAACAUUUGAAUCCCUUGCAUACAAUGGCACAAUUAAGAAGCUGGUUUAUGAUUUGGGAUACCCACCAGAGUUACUGGACUGGUCUUUCGAUUGGGAAUACAUGGUCAGGGGUUUGGUUCUUGAUAAGAAGAGAGGAAACAUCUUAAAGAUGGAUCGCCACAAAUAUGUAAAGGUUGCCUAUCAUGGUUUUUGUGAAAUGACAAAGGAAGAUAAAAUAGCAACUUAUGGGAACACCUUGUUACGGGAUUCAUUUGAUGAACCUGAUUACGCUCUUAUUGAUACUCUUUUUUCGCUAGCGGAAGCCUACCUAUUUGCGCAACUUGUGGACUUCAAGGAUAGGAAUCCUGGAAAAGUUCCCAAUGGUGCUGACUACUCUCGUAUGUACAAAGAUGUUCGAGCUGCAGUUGAUUUGUGUCACCGGGAUGGAACUUUAAAGCAAAUGGUUGCCAAAGACCCAAAAAAGUAUAUCAAUGAGGAUACUUCAAUUGUGCCCAUGCUUAAAAUGCUAGGAGAUUCUGGUCGUGCCACAUUCUUGGUGACAAACAGCUUAUGGGACUACACAAAUGUUGUGAUGAAUUUCCUCUGUUGCCAUCGAACUUUGGAUGGUAGUUCCCCAUGCAAUUAUGAUUGGCUCGAGAACUUUGAUGUUGUCAUUACUGGCAGUUCAAAGCCAAGCUUUUUCCAUGAAGACAAUCGAGCAAACUUGUUUGAGGUUGAACCUGAGUCAGGAAUGCUAGUUAAUACGGAUAAUGGCACUCCUUACCCUCAGAUUGGAAGUUCUUCACCUAUGUUACCUUCUAUGGGCCUGAAGAAGGGAUGUAGAGUUUUCCAGGGAGGGAGUGUUGGGCAUCUGCAUAAACUGCUUUCAAUUGAAUCAAGUUCACAGGUUCUUUAUGUUGGAGAUCAUAUUUAUGGAGAUAUUUUGCGAAGCAAAAAAGUUCUGGGGUGGAGAACAAUGCUUGUUGUUCCAGAGCUUGAGAGAGAGGUGGAACUACUUUGGGAGUCGAGGGAUACUCGUAAGGAACUUCGAUUGCUAAGGAAAGAGCGUGAUCUUAUUGAGGACAAAAUACAUCAUCUGCAAUGGUCUCUGAAGUUUGAAGGUGUUAAUGCUGAGGAAAAGCUGAAGUUUGCUUCUAAGCUCAAAGAAUUGGAGACACAGAAGGAGAAAGUUCGUCUCCGUCAUCAACAGACUCAGCGAAAAUGUCACCAAAAGAUUUCUUGCAAUCUAUUUCAGUUUCAUAAAGUUUGGGGACAACUCAUGAAGACUGGAUUCCAGAACUCUCGCUUUGCACAUCAGGUGGAGAGGUUUGCCUGUCUCUACACAAGCCAAGUCACCAACCUGAGCUUGUACUCCCCUGACAAAUACUAUCGACCCAGUGAAGACUUCAUGCCACAUGAAUUUGAUAUUCUCGCAAUUUGACGUGUGCAGUAAUGAGACUUGAACAGCAUAGAAUCAAGUCCUUGAGACUAUGGAAAGAGAAUAAUCUCUAGCAUCAUGGGUAAUGUGUACCUCUUAAAAAGGGUGGUUGAUCAUUUCAAGGCUCAUGUACUUGGUAUACCCUUGUAGAAUUGUACCAUAUCAAUGUAAUCAAACUAAUUAAUGUUUUAUAUAGCUCAUAAUUUGUGACAAAUACUAUACACUUGUUAUACCCUUGUCCAAUUGUACCAUAUCAAUGUCAUGUGAAAAAAAAUGUAUCAUAUGAGCAUUUCUUGCAUUAUGUUACAACUUUCUUUUGUUCAA